AUGUCAACUAUCAUUGACAACAACACUCCUCUGAGUGUCAGUCGAAGGGCCUCAAACACCACUGUCUACUACAACUAUGAGGAUCCUAAGAAGGCCGCCAACUGCUCAGGGACCCUCUACCCUCCCCCCAAGCCUCCUUCUGGUCACAUCGCUGGUCUUCCCUCCGCUGGGCACCGCUCCACGCCUUCCAACACCUCAGCUGCUGUAUCGGAGCACUUUCACCAUGGAGGGUCUAGCACUAUGCCUGGCACCCCCAACCUGGCGGCGAGCACCAACAGCAGCUGUAUCAGUCCCUGUGUACAGGCCUCUCAACUUCCACAAGGCUCCACGGUUGAAUACUAUAGUCAAUCUCUAGGCCGUUGGAUCCCUGCGAAGGUGAUGUCGGUGAUCCCUCCUGAUGACCCUCGAGCUGGUGGCAGCAAGGUCGGCCUCGUCCAUCUAGACUGCAAGCCCAUGGCUAGAGUUGAGCAGGUUCGCUAUGCUGGCCCCCCGGCUGGGAUGCCUCUCUACUCUGGUGGCCCCCUGUCGUCGGCGCCGACCCCCAACUUCAUCGAUGUCCCGGCCGCCUUCUCGAUGUUCAACUCCUCUUCUCCCCCAUCCUUCGUCCCAGGGCCAUCAGUUGGCCCUCCAACUGUGCGGGUCAUGAGGACCACUACUAUUCCCACCGCCUACCGCCGUUCUUCGUACAUUACUAAGACCACUAGUAUGGCCUUCAAGAACCCCGGCAAAGCUGUCCAACUGAUCUCGUUUGACGGCGAUAAGCUCGUUGUGAAACCCGAGGCCCUUGCCCUCCUGGAGGCUCUCGGACACGACAAGCAAGUGAGCGUCGUUACAGUAGUUGGUAUGUACCGGACGGGUAAGAGCUACCUCCUCAACAGGCUCGUCAGAGGUAAGUCGACUGCCUUGUAG